CGACGACGAUGCCUGUCCGAAUGAAAUUUCAUUAGGGCUCGCGUCUCCUCUCUCCUGCGUUGUCUUGGCCCCUCACAGCUUGCUUGCUCAGCGGGAAGAGACGGGAUGGGAAGGGGAAGGGAAGGGAAGUUAUAGAUAGGUUGUCAGGACUGAGUAUGCCGUUCGUGAAGAGAAUCGCCAAGCAGGAGUUCAUCAGUGUCAGGAUCCCUUCUGUAUGAGGAGGUAUCGAUCUGGAGCCCGUUGCAAACUCAAUGGUGUAUUUUAUAGGGCAAAAGUCUGAUCUAUAUGGAAUGCAUCCUCUCAGAGUUGCAAAUCAUGGACUGCAUGUCACUCUGGGCUAUUCUCGAUCACCUAGCUUUGCUGGAGUUCAAAUUGGUGAAUACGAGUAUUAUGAGUGAUCUCGAGUUUAUGGUCCCCUUCUUUCAUGAUCAAGGGUAAUUUAUAUCAAGGGUGUAUAUGAGAGAUACGCACUUAUUGAGUGGACCUUUUCUCAUACUGCAUUUACACCCCUGUCAGUUGCAGCAUCCUGGUUUGGAAUGCCGGGUCCAGUCCCUCUAUUAUCCAUGAGUGUAAAAUCGGAGAGUCUCGAUGACAUUGGAGGUCACGAGAAAAAAUCUGUAACUGGGUCGGAAGUGGGUGGCCUCGAUGCUCAGCUGUGGCAUGCCUGUGCUGGGGGUAUGGUUCAACUGCCUCAUGUGGGUGCUAAGGUUGUCUAUUUUCCCCAAGGCCAUGGCGAACAAGCUGCUUCAACUCCCGAGUUCCCCCGCACUUUGGUUCCAAAUGGAAGUGUUCCCUGCCGAGUUGUGUCAGUUAACUUUCUGGCUGAUACAGAAACAGACGAGGUAUUUGCUCGUAUUUGCCUGCAGCCUGAGAUUGGCUCCUCCGCUCAGGAUUUAACAGAUGAUUCUCUUGCGUCUCCGCCUCUAGAGAAACCAGCUUCAUUUGCCAAAACGCUCACUCAAAGUGAUGCAAACAACGGUGGAGGCUUUUCAAUACCUCGUUAUUGUGCUGAAACUAUUUUCCCACCUCUCGAUUACUGUAUCGAUCCUCCUGUUCAAACUGUUCUUGCAAAAGAUGUCCAUGGAGAGGUGUGGAAAUUUCGUCACAUUUACAGGGGGACUCCACGUCGACAUUUGUUAACCACAGGAUGGAGCACAUUUGUCAAUCAAAAGAAGUUAGUUGCGGGUGAUGCUAUUGUAUUUCUUCGCAUCGCAUCUGGCGAACUUUGUGUCGGCGUGCGCCGUUCAAUGAGGGGUGUCAGCAACGGAGAAUCCUCAUCUUGGCACUCCUCAAUCAGUAAUGCUUCAACGAUUCGGCCAUCUCGAUGGGAGGUGAAGGGCACAGAAAGUUUCUCGGACUUUUUAGGUGGCGUUGGUGAUAAUGGGUACGCACUGAAUAGCUCAAUUCGGUCUGAAAACCAGGGCUCUCCAACAACGAGUAGCUUUGCACGGGACCGUGCUCGUGUUACUGCGAAGUCCGUUCUAGAAGCUGCUGCACUCGCCGUCUCCGGUGAACGUUUUGAGGUUGUGUAUUAUCCUCGUGCUAGCACAGCUGAGUUCUGUGUCAAAGCUGGGCUUGUUAAACGUGCGCUAGAGCAAUCGUGGUACGCUGGAAUGCGCUUCAAAAUGGCAUUUGAAACUGAAGACUCCUCGAGGAUAAGCUGGUUUAUGGGAACUAUUGCUGCUGUUCAAGCAGCAGAUCCAGUACUUUGGCCUAGUUCUCCAUGGCGGGUUCUGCAGGUCACUUGGGAUGAGCCGGACCUAUUGCAGGGAGUGAAUCGUGUAAGCCCAUGGCAGUUAGAGCUUGUGGCGACACUUCCUAUGCAGCUGCCCCCUGUCUCUCUUCCCAAAAAGAAACUGCGCACUGUCCAGCCUCAAGAGCUUCCACUUCAGCCCCCUGGACUGCUAAGCCUGCCGUUGGCAGGGACUAGCAACUUUGGUGGGCACUUGGCCACCCCCUGGGGCAGCUCUGUUCUUUUGGAUGACGCCUCUGUUGGCAUGCAGGGGGCCAGGCAUGAUCAAUUCAACGGGCUUCCAACUGUGGAUUUCCGAAAUAGUAACUACAAACGUCCUCGGGAGUUUUCUAGGGACAAUCAGUACCAGAUUCAAGAUCAUCAAGUCUUCCAUCCUAGACCUGUAUUAAAUGAGCCCCCUGCGACAAAUACUGGCAACUACUUCUCUCUUUUACCUAGUCUCCAGCGACGGCCAGAUAUCUCUCCUAGUAUUCAGCCCUUAGCCUUCAUGUCUGCUUCUGGAAGCUCACAGCUGGAGACUUCUUCAACUAAGACAGCGGCCACCUCUUUUUUCCUAUUUGGCCAAUUCAUUGACCCUUCUUGCACCUCCAAACCUCAGCAGCGUUCCACAGUUAUUAAUAACGCUUCCGUUGCUGGGGAUGGUAAGCAUCCUGGCACUAAUAACUCAUCCUCGGAUAACAAAUCAGAGGACAAGGACAAUUGUAGGGAUGUUCAACCCAUUCUGAAUGGGAUUGCUGUAAGAUCUGGAUUUCGAGCAGAUAUAGCCGCGAAGAAGUUUCAACAGAGCGACUCUGCACAUCCCACGGAAGCAUCACGUGGAAGCCAAGUUAGCAGCUUACCGUGGUGGCAAACACAGGACGCUCACAAGGAUCAGGAAUUCCAUGGAGACAGUCAGACGCCUCAUACUCCUGCAUCUGGUAGCCAAUGAGGCUAAAGCUUGAUCAUAGCUCAUAACCCUCUCACAGGACGUAAUGGGGGUGACAACAUGCUAACAGAAUUGCACGGUAAAGGAAAACUGUACUAGGCAUGUUAUAUGGGAAUUCGGAUCGCUUCUUGCAAUUAAACACGCUAGCGCCGUUUGGUGCCAAUGUUAUUCUGGCAUUUGUUUUGUUUCCUUUGGAAACAAAUUGCUAUAUUUCAAAGUCCUUUGGAGGAAUUUUACUUGAAAAUUUCGGAUGUGAGAGAAAUUAUUGCCA